AUGGCCUUAGUGCGGGAGCCGAUGGUGAUGUACGACGGCGGCUUCGACGCCGAAGCAUCCGCGUUCGACGCGCUCGGCUACAGCGGCCACGACGCGCUGCUCGGAGGCGUCGACGCGGCGGCGCUCUUCGGGGGCUACGCCUACGCCCACGACGAGCCAACCGGCGCCGCCAGCGCCUACGUGCGGAACAGCGCGAGCUGGGCGAGCGCGGGGCCUUCAGUGCUCUCGUUCGGCCACGGCGCGCGGGGCCACGCGGCCCAGCAGGAGGUCGUGGAGGAGGAGCCCGACUGCGACGCGUGGGUGGACGACAUGGACGUAGAUCAGGGCCAUCAGCACGCGGCGCCGGCGUCGACCAUAGGGUUUGACCCGGCCACGGGCUGCUUCAGCCUGACUCAGAGUUCCGUCGGCGCGCGGCGGCCGUUCGGGCUCCUGUUCCCGGGCACGUCCAAUGGCUCGCCCGAUGCCGCGACGCCGGCGCGCGGUUCCUCGAAGCGAUCGUACGCGGACCAGGACGCGGAGCCGCGGACCACCAAGAAGCCGUGCGGUGCGAGCAGGAAGACGAGCAAGGCGAAGCCGGCGGCGCCCACCACUACCUCGCCCAAGGGGGACCCGCAAAGCCUCACCGCAAAGAACCGGCGGGAGAAGAUCAGCGAACGGCUCCGGACACUGCAGGAGCUGGUGCCCAACGGCACCAAGGUCGACAUGGUCACCAUGCUCGAGAAGGCAUUCAGCUACGUCAAGUUCCUGCAGCUGCAAGUCAAGGUGCUGGCGACGGACGAGUUCUGGCCGGCGCAAGGGGGAACGGCGCCGGAGAUCUCCCAGGUGAAGGAGGCGCUGGACGCCAUCUUGUCGUCGCAGAGGGGCAACUGA